GCCGCCGCCGCCGGUCCGAGGGCGCCGCGCCCUUGUCUUGGGCCCGGGCUGUGCCCGCCCGCAGCCCGGCCCGCGUCCCUGCGCUGCGCCGCGCGGCCGGGUGCAUGCAUUGUGGGCCUCCAGACAUGGUCUGCGAGACGAAGAUCGUGGCCGCCGAGGACCAUGAGGCGCUGCCAGGGGCCAAGAAGGACGCGCUUCUCGCCGCUGCCGGCGCCAUGUGGCCCCCGCUGCCAGCCGCGCCCGGGCCGGCCGCGGCGCCCUCCGCGCCCCCGCCCGCGCCCGGCCCCCAGCCCUGCGGCGGAGCUGGGGGCGCGGAGCCUCCGGGGGGGCGCGGCGUGUACAUCCGCGAGUUCCGCGCGGCCGAGCAGGAUGCGGCGCGCCGCAUCUUCUACGACGGCAUCAUGGAGCGCAUCCCCAACACGGCCUUCCGCGGCCUGCGGCAGCACCCGCGCACGCAGCUGCUCUACGCCCUGCUGGCCGUGCUCUGCUUUGCCCUGACCCGCUCGCUGCUGCUCACCUGCCUGGUGCCUGCCGGGCUGCUGGGCCUGCGUUACUACUACAGCCGCAAGGUGGUCCUCGCCUACCUGGACUGCGCAUUGCACACAGACAUGGCUGACAUCGAGCAGUACUACAUGAAGCCCCCUGGCUCCUGCUUCUGGGUGGCUGUGCUGGAUGGCAGUGUGGUGGGCAUCGUGGCGGCGCGGGCCCACGAGGCGGACAACACGGUGGAGUUGCUGCGCAUGUCUGUGGACUCACGCUUCCGCGGCAAGGGCAUCGCCAAGGCACUGGGCCGCAAGGUGCUGGAGUUUGCUCUGGCGCACGACUACUCUGCGGUGGUAUUGGGCACGACAGCCGUCAAGGUGGCCGCCCACAAGCUGUACGAGUCGCUGGGCUUCAGACACAUGGGCUCCAGCGACCACUACGUGCUGCCCGGCAUGACCCUCUCGCUGGCUGAACGCCUCUUCUUCCAGGUCCGUUACCACCGUUACCGCCUACAGCUGCGUGAGGAGUGACUGCCCGCUGCCCAGGCCGCUUUCAGACGCUCGCCUUGGUGUCUGUGUUGGGUUUUUCCUUUUCAACAUCACGUGGUUCUCUGGCUGGUUCUCGGGCAGUGGGGCUGUCGCUUAUCCGUGCCACUUCGCAGGGUGGGUUGUUCACAGCCACAGCACCUCACUCUGCCCGGCCUGCUAGGGCCACGGCCUGAAGAGUGACAGCAUGGACCACCGCGUACCCACCCGGCUGCCCAGCCCUGGCUGGAGGGACCCCCUCUGGCCCACUGCUUCUGGGGCAGGCCCAGCCUUGCCCACCAAGCACAGAAGCUCUGCUGUGAGGCCCCCGCCUGGCAGGCCCCUGGCCACUAGCCAGCCAGGCUACGGCUCAGCCACUGGUCCCUGGGAGGCGUGGUGUGCUGGGCUGGCCGGCCACUGCCUCGUGGGGUGCUGAGCUGGCCGUGGGCCCUGCUUUGCUGUGUGCAUGCUGAGGAUGUGGCCUGGCUGCAGCAUGCCGCAUGCCCUCAGCUCCCGUCGGCUGCCCCGGACUGUCAGCACCCCUGCCCUGCUCCGGCCCUGCGCUCGCCACCGGUGGCCUGCCUGCAUUCUGGAGGGCCUGAUCGCCUCACGCCACCCCUUGCCUCACCCGGUUCAGCUCUGCUUUGACAUCUGUCCCCUUUUCCCAUUGGUCCCCGCCCCACCGUCCGGGCUUUGUUGAUCGGCAUAUUGCCAGGUGUGGUUCCCAGAGCGGCCUGUUGCCCAGCUGUGGUCAGGGCCCUUCUGGAGAGCAGGGGUGGGGCGACAGCUGCCGGGCCACAGCUCCCCCAGCAGCCAGACCUCCCCACCCACGGCUGAUGGGCUCUGCCCUGUGAGUCUUACUGACGCAGGCUGCUGCCUAUACCACUGAGCCUACCGCUUUUCCCAGCCUGGAACCAACCUAUUUUUUAAUAAGUUAUUUAGACAGAAUAGCACUCUGCAUGACUUUCUUGGGACAAAACGGUAGUUUAUACCUUAACACACACACACAUCUGUGUGGUCUAGAAUAUGCACUAUUUCUGGCCCAGUUUGGUGGGAGUGGGUGGCCGGGUGGGUGGAGGUUGAAAUCUGGAGGGAGACCCUGAUUUAGCCUAAGUUCCCCCCAAAGAGCAUUCCUGGUUUGUGAGGAGGCUCCGGGCCACCCCCAUCUGGAAGGGAGCAAGUUCCCUGUAGCUCCCAGUGGGGGACAGGCGGUUGCCCUGUGCUCUGGAGGCUGGAGGCAGGCACGGUGUGGGGUGGCUUGGAGGCCGAGGGGGAAGGGCUGCUCCGCAGCGCUCGCACACCCAGCCGUGAGCCUGGCCUGGCUGCCUCAGCCAGAGAGGAAUAAAUGCCUGUGGAGACCCCUUUAUUUGGGGUUUGGUGGGGAAUGGCAGGUGCAGUGGGCCCCUGAGCUGGCUUCUGAGUGUGGGUCCACGGAAAGGAUUUCUUAAAAAGGCACUUUGGAAGUUUGCAAAUGAAUGAAACAAGCCCGGUUUCCUGAGGGGCCCUUUGUGUGGUCAGCAACGGAGGUACUUGCAGAACACUGUACAGACCCCAGUCUCCCUUGUACAUUCUCCCUGGAGGCGCCCGGUCCCUACUCGGGGAUGGGAGUUUUGUAGACUGUACAGAAAUUGGCACCCUAUUUUCUUGCUGCUCUCAGAUUUUGUUAAUCUGGAUCAUACAGACAGACGUAAAGUGUUUUAGCAAAAUGGAAAACAGUUGUGCCUUUUUCCUCUUUCGGUUCGGUUUGGUUUUGGCUUGGGGCGGCCUUAGUGGUGUGGGGCAUGUUGGGGGCUGCAGCUGGUCUGAGGCUGGCUGGGCAGGAAGGGCACCGGGGUCGGCAGGAGGGGUCAUGUCUUGUCAGGUGGUAGCUGCGGACGCUGCCUGCUUCCUUCGAUCCUGUGCCUUUGGAGCUGCUGGUCCUGGGGCAGGCGCGGGGGUGGCGCCCCCCGAGGCCAGGAUGGAGCCCAGCUCCGGGGCCGCCAGUCUGGUUGCAGUUGGUCACAGCAGUCGCUGGUGCUGGUCCCGGCGGUGGUGUGGCCACCUCCCGUCCUGCUGGUGCCUCUCUGUCCACGUGGGGUCUGCAGGUGGGGUGGGCUGCCACGUCUCCCCUGGUGGGACAGCCUGGGGGCGGGACACUGACUGGACUCUCGACCUUUCUUAUCACCCUUCUGUGCUGCCAGGCCCCGGAGAGGUGCCAGGAGGGGUGGCAGGGUGGCUGCGUGUCUGGCGAGGGCUGCAGCUGGCUUGGGGCCCUUGGCCAGCAUGCCCCUGAGAGGCCCCUGCUGGUUGCCUCCCUCCAUCCUGGGAGCUUAUUGCUCCACAAACAUGCACUGAGAUGUGAAUUUUAUACAUUUGUAGAAUUCUGACAUUACUUCUACCUCUGUGAAGCAUCCUUCUGGGGUCCUGCUCAGAGUUGUGUCUGGGCAGCUUCUCUGGAUUGGCAGGACCUAGGCCCCUCCCCAGUGGCCACUUGGCAAGGCCCAGAGAAAACCAGCCCUGGGCCUGGCACCUGUGCUCUGGGCUCCCAGGACUAGUUGUCUGCUUGGAAGCUUCUGUUUUUGGAGUGGUAGGUGGGAGGUGGAGUGUUCCAGAAUGCCUUAGCUGAGUCUGGAACACAGACUGAUAGACAGUGGGAUCUGUGGCAGCUGAGAGCUCUAGCCCAGGUCCAGAGACCUGGCAGUGGCUGGCAGGCCACCCCAGGGCAGCCCCCACCACCCAGACACAGGCUGUGCAGAUGGCUGGCCCCUGAGGGUAGGUGGUCUGCAUGUGGUCUGGCCUCAGGAAGGCCUGUGGUGGCACCGCCCACCAAGGUCCAUCCCUGCCUCCCAUUGCUGUCCUUGACCGGAUGGGGCCAGCCUGCCCUGCAAGGUUGGGGCUGGCAUUGAGGGAGGGCUUGGGCUGGGGGCCUAUGGGCAGCUGGCCUGAGGCCAUGAUGUCCGAAGGUGGCCCCCAUCCUGUACUGGGUGUCUUUUCUUGGAGAAGGCCCUCAGAGGGGACAGGGCAGUGGUGUCCCUUGUGGCUCCUUUGGCAAGCGCCUGGGAGCCUCUCUGGGCCAUAGGGCCUGGCUCUGGUCUCAGUCACAGGUGGUGCGGGCGCCUGUCCCUGCCUGCUGCAGGGCAGCUGGCACACGUGGCUCCAGGGCCAGGUUGGGGCCCCUUCCCGUCAGUGUCCAGGGCACGAGGAGCCUUGGGAGCUUGCUGCCUCUCUCCAGCCAGGCGGGUGGCAGUUCUACUGCUCUGUCUGUGAGUUGGCUUUGGCCACAGGUUCAUGCUCCUGUGCUGGUGGCCCUUUGGCUGCGGUGUUUGGCUUUGAGCUCUGGGCUGAUCCUGGACAUGUCAGCUUCUUGGUGCUGAUAACAAGCUUCCCUGGGCCUGGGGUGUGUGUGGCACGAUGAGCCCCAACCCACUACAGUUGGAUGUAUUUUUUUUUAACAGCAAUAAUUAGCCAUUUUGAAGAAGGUGUGUGCCUGUGUUUGCCUGCCGGUGUGCAUGUGUGCGCACAUCUGUGUAUCUGCGUGUACAUGCAGUGUGUGAGCGUCUGCAUGCCUGCGUGUGCGCGUCUGCGUGCCUGUGUGUAUGUGCAUGUGUGUGGUGACAGGGAGGGAACCUGGUGGCCCAAGGCCUUCUGCUCCAGCCCAGGAGAUCUUGACAGGGACAGGCAACCCCACAGUCCUGUGCUGAGCAGCAGGGUCAUGAGGGUAGCCGUGCUCUGAGCUCUGCUGCAAAACUGCCUGGCCUUCUCCCACGCGUGCCCUGGGCCCAGCAGACCCUGAAUGCCAUGCUCCUUCCCCGCUGGUGGAGGGCACUGGAUGGGCCUGCAUGAAGGGGUGGACCCUGCAUGAGUCUUUGCCUGGGUCUCUGGGUGUGUUAGGAGGGCAGCAGGGGUGGCAACACAGCCAGACUGGCCGGGAUCAGCUUUGGUGACAGGAGUCACCGGGUCGGGCUGUCAGGCCACGGCUGCUGUGGACGCUGUCUUUGGGUGAGCCCAGAGCAUGUCACAGCGGCUGGUUUCACUUGCUGUGGUUCACUGUGCGUGAGCCCAUGACUGGCAACUGUCCCGAGACCCCAGGAUGUGCCAAAACAGCCCCAGAGAGGGUGGCAAGCCGAGUUCCAGUGGAGACAGGCUGUGGGGCCAGGGAUGUGGGGGGGGGGGUCCCAGGCUUCCUGUGGGUGUGUGAGCUGCUGGAGGAAGAGGAGCAGUGUGGCCCCUCUGCCUGCAUGGCCCCCAAUGCUGCUGUUUUUCAAUAAAACCAGAGUUGAUGGAAGUGGGCUCCCGUGCUUUCUUGAGACACCCCCUGCCUGGUGCUUCGCCAGGAAGGGCUUCUCCUCCAGGGGGCUGGAGCAAGUGCCUGGGGUGACCUGUGGGGCUGAGAGGCCCCUGUCCUUGUGCUGGCAGCCCCUGCGGGGGCUCCGCUGCAGCCUGGGGAUCACUGUUCCCCUUGACACCUCUGAGGAGCAGCUCUACUCCGGGCAGUGGUGUGAGGUGUGGGACCCAGGCAGCUGGCAUCAGGCCCACCUAGGAGGGGUGGUGGGACCCUAGUGUCUGGAAGGGAGGAUGACAAUGUGAGCUGGGGUUGGGGAACCAGGCUGGGGAGUAGGGCUUGGAGGGGCCGGAUGGCGAGGGUC